AUGAAAUCUGUGAUACUGCCCUGCCCAGCCAACCUGAGGCAGGUUAAUGCAUGGCCCAAAUGCUGUAGGCAUGUUCGGCAGGAGCUCUUGCUGCCUCAACUGGCUGCAGUCACAGUACUUAGGUUGUUCAGCCUCUCCUGUCCCUUCCCUUUAGAAUAUGCAGCAAUAAACAACAUGCUGGACCAGAUCAACUCUUGCUUGGAUCACCUGGAGGAGAAGAAUGAUUAUCUGCACGCCUGCUUGAAGGAGCUGCUGGAGUCCAACCGCCAGACCCGCCUGGAGUUCCAGCAGCAGAGCGAGCAGCAGAACAUGGGAGACGAAAUGCAGGGGUCAGAGCCUGCUACCUAG